AUGCUCGCCAAUCUUAAGUCGCCUACGCACCCAGACCUGGACCUCGAAGACGAUGGCGUGCCGGAUGGGACUUUUCCGACAUUCUCAGAAAAACUGAGUUCGCUGCCGGACCGCGCAGUGGCCACUGCACCCUCAAGUUCUACUGCCUUGGACGAUGAUACGGCUUCUAGUCUGUCCGUCACGACAGAAGAAUCCGAGGCCCACGGCGACAUCGACCCAUGGUUUGCCGAGGACAUGGAAGAGUUCGGGGGUGGUGGUCUUCCUGAGGAGCCAAUGAUGCGAAAGCUCAGUUCAACCAACUCAUUCCGCAAGCACGCCGUCCGUGCCCGCCGUGAGCGAAUUCGUUUAAGGCGGCGUGAGGUGGUCGUCGACUUCUUGAAGAAGAACAACUUCGGUGGAGUCAAUGCACCGCGCUCCCGCUCGGGCUUCAGGUUACUAUCGGAAUCUGUGUACCCGCUCCAUGUUGCAGCACAGCAGGGAGAUGCUUACAUGGUACAAGCGCUUCUUCGAGAAGGUGCGGAUCCUGCAAAGAAGACCUCGACCGGCCGAACUCCCUUGAACGUGGCUUACGAUUCGAACCAGUUUGGCUCUCACCGUAUGGUGCUCGAGAUCCUCUCCGGACGGUGGAACACCAUGAGCUUCCGCGAUCUCAGGGCCAUCUCUUGCCGCAGUGCUUAG